CAAUUGCUUUGUUUCGGUUUAAAGGGAGAGCACCGUCACACCGUCAAGUGUCACUGUGCAGUUAUCAUAGGUGCGCUAGGAUACACAUAAUCUACGCCAAACUUCCAUUGGCUCUUCUUUCAAAGUUAAUUAGCAUUCUGAAUCAAUGGAUUUGAACGCUUAUCUGAAACACACCAGUGACACAAAAGGAAACUAAGUGAUGAUUUGAUCGCUACCCAUUUGAUUUCAUGGAGCUGGGAAUUGCGCACUGUUGGGCACUUUGGAUGGACUGACCCCCACAAACGUCGAGAGGUUGUCUUCACUCGCACACACGAAGAACCUCUUCAGGUCCUGAGCGCUUCGCCACCAGUUGAUGCCAAGGAUCAUGACCAUGAACGGUGACCACCAAUCGGUUGCCACAGCGCCGCUGGAUCUGAGCACCACUAACAGAGAGCGUGGGAGCGCCGGGUCUAGGACUCCGGACUGCGGACUGCAAAGGUCGCGUCAGGUAUGCUCACCUGCACCCUCUGUUUGCACGGGGACGAACAGUCCGGUAAUGCGCUGUCCCACUGUCAGAACCGCCCCGGGUUCAGCAACCGGUGCUUCUCGCAAACGGCCGGCGGACAGUUCUUCCCUCAGGCUUCCUUUGAGGAAACGCCCGUUCCCUGUCGAGCUGGAGACUCAGACACAGUCACCGGCUCCACCAGAAAGUGGAGACCGCUUGUCCCCUGUGAAAGACUUUACUAUUACGGAAAGUUUCGCCGGAGGUUUUGACAGAAUCGCUGGUGAAAACAGGGUCGGUGUAGCACCAGUGACUCCCAGGUGGAUUUUACGGACAGGACAGAGUCCAGACACAUGUCCCAUUGGCUGUUUGCACCCAUUUAAUUACGGUCAAUACCCAGUGUAUUACUUGACCCCAGUCCUAGAGCCAAGGCAAGCUCUGGCCCACCAAAUCAAUUACCUGCUGCCUGAUAUCGCUCUGGCUACACAUCAAGAUGAAGAUGGAGACACAGCUCUCCAUAUAGCUGUGGUGAAGAAGGAGUUGACCAUUGUCUACAGACUGAUCCAUCUCCUGCUGUUGGCUCACAAAGGCCUUGAUAUCUACAACAACCUACGUCAGACUCCCCUUCACCUGGCAGUGAUAACCCAUCAGGCAGACAUGGUGGACACUUUGUUGAAGGCGGGAGCUGACCCUGCUGCCUUGGACCGUAACGGUCAAACAGCACUCCACCUCUGCUGUGAAUACAACCAGCGUGAAUGUCUAUCUGUUGUGCUCGCUCUGUCCUUACCCUCCAAAUGCUUGGAUAGCAAAAACUAUGAGGGUUUGAGUCCUCUCCAUCUGGCUGUGCUGCGCGGCCUUAAGGAUUUAGCCAGAAUGCUGCUGGAUGCAGGAGCUGACAUCAAUGUAAUGGACAUCAAAAGUGGCCACAGUCCUCUCAUGCAUGCAGUGGAAGGCAAUAACACAGACAUGGUCCACUUCCUCAUUGAGAAUGGCUGUGAUGUCAACGGCCAGUCUUACAGUGGGAAUACAGCCCUGCACAGCGCCUGUGGCCGAGGUCAGGUGGACACUGUGCGGCUCCUGCUGAAGAGUGGAGCUGACAGCAGCCUCAAGAACUACCACAAUGACACCCCUGUGAUGGUGGCUAAGAACAAGAAAAUAGCAGAUGUGUUACGAGGGAGAGCCUCCAAGCACAUAAGAGCUCAAGAUCAACACUCUGUGUCAAUCUCACCUCAUGGGAGCAACUUAACGGAAAACGGAUCCCCAUCUCCCAGCCACAGUCGUGGAUGUUCACCUUCAGCAACACCACAUACCCCUCAUCAUAGCACCGCCCACUCUCCAAAGACUCCAUCUGUGCCUGUACAUCAGUAUUACUAGCUCAAAGUUAUUGCCCAGUGCAAUUUCCAACUACCUCUACACAGCCAACCAACAAAGAGACUAUCAGACUUCAGUGCCUAAAAGGACACCCUGGAGAAGGGUCAGGCAGUGAGAAGACAGACCAGCAACAGACUGCACCUGACAUUAAACUUCCUCACAAACUGACCUUCUUUUCCUGGACUUCAUGACAAAAGACAGUCCUAGUUGGCAUUCAUUUUUGGGCAUCAGUGUAUGGACAGAGUGCCUACCUAUCCAGCUGCUUAUGACUGGGAGAAAACCGGUCACCUACAAGAUGCUGCAGUGAUCAGCUCCAUUUUUUUUUUUGACAUUUUAAUUCUUUUAAAAUUUGUAUCCAGUCUGCUUAUUGCAGUGGUUCUCUGAUUAGGUGACUUCUGAAGGAGGGUAUGCAUGAAAAAGAGAACCACUGGCUUAUUGAAAGGCUUUACAAUGUUACUUGACAUUCUAAGUAUUGCACAGUGAAAUCCCUUCUUUCUGCCAUUUUUAUAACCUAUGUCCACAGCACCUUUAAGUCUGUGUGCAUGUACGCGUGUGCUAUUUUAUCUCUGACAAAAGUUGUAGAUAUUUUUAUAUAAAAAUUGUCCAACA